ACGACAUUGUGAAAAAAUAGAUCACAAACAAACCAAGCAAACGUCAGUCCGAUUUUGUCAUACUUUAAGGAACGUAUAUCAAAGAUGGUGUGCGAAAAGUGUCAGAAAAAGCUUGGCAAAGUGAUAACACCUGACCCAUGGAAGUCUGGUGCAAGAAACACAACAGAAGGAGGUGGCCGGUCAGUGAAUGAAAAUAAAGCACUUACAAUGAAAAAGAACAGAUAUUCCCCGUACAGUACAGCAUUUGAGAAAUGUAGAAUCUGUAAGUCUUCGGUCCAUCAGAAGGGCUCCCAUUACUGUCAAGGCUGUGCAUACAAGAAAGGAAUCUGUGCAAUGUGUGGCAAGAAAAUCAUCAACACAACAAAUUAUAGACAGUCGUCUACUUGAGAUCUCAAUGUUGAAUGGCAUAAUGAACUGUUUUUAAUUUGAAAGAAUAUUUGUGAAGGAUUCAAAGGUUUCAGUUUGGAAAAAAAUGUGUCAUAACAUAUCAUCACAAUUCGUAAUGGCCAAGAAGCUCCACAGUGACACAUUUUAUCAUGCAUUUUAUGUUUUGUCUGAAAACUGACUUAAUUUCAUGUGACUUUGAUAUAUGUUAAAUGUGUUAUAAAAUGCAUAAUGGAAAUACAUUCAGAGCAUCUUAUUUCAAUAUCAACAAGAGCUGUCAGUGGACAGCGCGCUCGACUAUUCUCAGUGCUUGAUAGUAUAAUAUAAGCAAUGAGUAAAACUUUAACAUUACAAUAAGCAUAUUCUAAGUCGAAAAGGGGUCAUAAUUCAGUCAAAAUGCUUGAUAGAGUUGCCUCCUCCUUUUUACAGACUGGGGUCAUGAUGGUAAACAAGUAUGCAAAAUAUGAAAGCAAUAUCUCAGUGGACUUUGAAAAUAUUUGGGGUGGUACGCAAACUUUAACAUUUAUUCUAAGUUGAAAAGGGCCAUAAUUCAGUCAAAAUGCUUGAUAGAGUUGCCUCCUCCUUUUUACAGACUGGGGUCAUGAUGGUAAACAAGUAUGCAGAAUAUGAAAGCAAUAUCUCAAUGGACUUUGAAAAUAUUUGGGGUGGUACGCAAACUUUAACAUUUAUUCUAAGUUGAAAAGGGCCAUAAUUCAGUCAAAAUGCUUGAUAGAGUUGCCUCCUCCUUUUUACAGACUGGGGUCAUGAUGGUAAACAAGUAUGCAAAAUAUGAAAGCAAUAUCUCAAUGGACUUUGAAAAUGUUUGGGGUGGUAUGCAAACUUUAACAUUUAUUCUAAGUCGAAAAGGGGCCAUAAUUCAGUCAAAAUGCUUGAUAGAGUUGCCUCCUACUUUUUACAGACUGGGGUCAUGAUGGUAAACAAGUAUGCAAAAUAUGAAAGCAAUAUCUCAAUGGACUUUGAAAAUAUUUGGGGUGAGUAGGAUAGCUCCCCUAUUCUUCGAAUAGUCGAGCUAAAAAUCACAUCUAAUUAUUUAUAAACACGCCAUGUACCCGGAUAAUCCUAACUCUGUUCAGCGACCCUAACUCAGUGCCAACAUGGCUGACAGAAAGACGAUGUAUGUAGUUAAUUUCCUUGUCUUUUUUCGUGUUUUUGUGUGAGUAUGCAAUGUUAGCGUAAAACUUUUGAUAGUCAUAAUAUCCUGUAUUGAUAACAUGUUUUGUGUACUAAAUAUUUCAAUCGAAAUGUCACAUUAUGUGGCUGGAAAUCAUUAAAAUGUACUCAAAAAGUCUUCAAAAUGAAUAUGUUUUAUGUUUCUAACUGUUUUAAAGUACCAGAAAUUGCAGCAAGACCUUACUUAUUAAAUGUAUUAGUUC